GCACUCUUUCAGUCUUCACCAUCCUUCCUUGUGCGUUCCUUCCAGCCAUCUCCGACUCCGCGCCUCCGCUGCAUCCCAAAAACACGGUCAAGUACGGAGUACUUCGCACCACACAAAAUGACGAGCAUCCGCCACCUCUUCCUCUUCGUCCUCUUGGCGUCGCUGCGAUGCGGUGCGGCGGCUGGAUACGGAGGUGGCGCCGAGGGGUUCUGCUCGGCGGAGCCGUCGAGCGAGUGCUCCGGUGGCCAGCCGCUCUACUGGAAGGUCACCCAUCCUACCCUCGCGCCCACGCACCUCCAAGAUUUACCUGGCUUCACACGUAGUGUUUUCAAAAGGGAUCAUGCUUUAAUAACACCAGAGAGUCAUGUUUUCAGUCCCUUGCCUGAUUGGAUCAAUACCUUAGGAGCAUAUUUGAUCAGUCCAGCUAUUGGUGCACACUUCACUAUGUAUCUGGCAAACAUGCAAGAUGGUUCAAAAUCAUCCCUACCACCGAAAGAUGUUGAAAGGCUUGUUUUUGUACUACAAGGGAGCAUUUCAUUGACUGUGGGGACUGGAACUACCCAUUCUCUUCUGGUGGAUUCCUAUGCAUAUCUUCCUGCAAACACAAAACAUUCUAUGAUCUCAGAUGAACCAACCACUCUUGUAAUAUUUGAGAGGAGGUACAGUGCCGUUGAGGAUUCCCAUCCUGAUCUAAUUGUCGGUUCAACAGAUAAGCAACCCCUUCUUGAAACCCCGGGAGAGGUAUUUCAACUGAGGAAGCUGCUACCGACUUCUCUGUCCUAUGACUUUAAUAUCCAUAUAAUGGACUUUCAACCAGGCGAAUAUCUCAAUGUAAAGGAGGUUCAUUAUAAUCAACAUGGACUUCUUCUUUUAGAGGGGCAAGGAAUAUACCGCUUGGGGGAGAGUUGGUAUCCUGUGCAAGCAGGGGAUACCAUUUGGAUGGCACCAUUUGUUCCUCAGUGGUACGCCGCUCUUGGUAAGACCAGGACGAGAUACUUGCUGUACAAAGAUGUCAAUAGGAAUCCAUUGAUAUGAUCAAGAAACCAGAACAAUGAGCGAAUAAAUCAAAUGGUGAGCUGUGCCAGGUUUGAAGAAUUUCAAUGGGAGGUGAUCACAGGAAUAAGAAAAUGAGAUCUUGUUGUACGCUGAAACAUCUUGAAACCAAAUAACGUCAGAAGUUGAAUGUGCGCUUGUGAUGUUCAUCACUGCCAAUCUUUGGUGACUGGUGCAAUUUGAAUUGUGAUGUAACAUAUUCUGGACAGCAGCUGCCGAGUUGGAUAUGCUGUGGCAUUUGUGAAUGGCUAAUCCCAUGAAUUUAGAUGAUGUUUGGUUUAGAAAUGAUACUGCAAAUAUAAACGGUAUGAGAUCCAAGGGGAAUGAUUACAAGAUAAUCUGUAUUCCA